AUGAACCCUGCAGACGGCGCCGUCAUCUUCUGGAAGGAAAGUUAUCUGAUGACAAUUUUGGAACAUUGGCACGAAGACAAGGGGAACGAAUAUCCGAGGUGCAAAGUCAGUGGACGUCUGGGAUCGAUGGUCUGGAAAGUGUUUGAUCGGAAAGGCAAUGAGCUCGAGCUGACAUGGUACCUCGUCACAAAACCGCGCAAGUACUGUGUGCUCGUGCUACAUGAGGCGAAUGGCACAGCGAGGUUCGUCUAUUGUGAUCCGCCUCAUCGCACUGUCCAUGGCACAUACCUUAGGCCAUGGUCUGGCGUCGAUGAGAAAGAGGAGCUAGAACACUGCGCAGUCCGAGUGUUUAGCAGCGACCUGGAGGAAAUCAAAUACUCUUCGGAAGCCUGGGAACAUUUAAAGGAGCUCCAGGAAUCCUCAGGCGAGGAUGUUAGCAGAUCUCCUUCGGUCACCCGUCGCAAAUCCCCAAGAGAUAAGACAGUCACAAGGAAAUCUGUCAAACCUGGUUGCUCAAAAAGAUACUCUAUGAGAGGUCGCGCACAGGAGAGCGAAGAGCAUACGGAAGCGGACUCGUCAUCUUCAUCGGAAGCAGGCUCAUCAUCUGAAGAAGAGAAGUACGUGCCCUCGCCACCACACAAGCGGCACAAAACUACCGACACCAGCAAUACAAGCAAUACCACUGAGCCUAUGAAGCCUAGCAAGGUUGUAUUUCGACUCGGGUCCCAGAGAGUCAUCGGUGCGAUACGCUAUAUUCCACUGGAUGAAUGUAGGUCGAGGAAGGAGCUAUUUGAUAAAGCCACGGCAUUUUAUCAAGCUUGCGAUAGAGACGCUCAGGUCAAAAUACUGGCAUGUCAGAUCUCGACGCAGCGUGAACAACACUACCUGUUCGAAGACAGUGAUGGAGAGUUUCGCCUUUUAGUUGAGCAGGCACUGGGCUUGGUGGACAACUUGGACCGGAUUGUGAUUGACGUUCUGCACGUGUUACAAGCAUGA